CGCGGAGCCAAGAGCGCGCCGGUAGAGAAGGUGAGUUAACGUCGCACCUUUUCCCCGCCGUCAUUGCGUCACCGCAGCGGCUCAACCAUGGGGAUUGUGUAUUCGGAGCCUGCCUGUCAGGCCGCCUUCGACAAUGAUGUACGCAAGCUUUAUCACGUCCUCAAAGCAGACCCCGCGAAGCUCAACGUCCAGGACGAGGGCACCGGAGACACGCCCCUCAUCGCUGCGUGUCGUCGUGGCAACCUCAAGGUGGUCCAAUACCUGCUGGACAACCACGCAGAUGUUCAUUUGACGAACAAGAAACAGAGGACAUGUCUUCACUACGUGUCCAAGAGGACCUUCACUGCUCUAGACUACCUGAUGAUCAUCAUCCUCAUGCCCAUCCUGCUACUAGGAUUCUUCAUCAUGGAGGACAAGAAGAGGAAGAACGAGAAGCUUAUGAAGAUGAUUCUGAGCAGCAGUGUGGACAUCAACGCCAAAGACUAUAAAGGAAACACAAGCCUGCAUUACCUGUCCCAUAAGAAGAGUCAAAGAUUGGUGCCGUUGCUGCUGGAGAAACAGGCCGACGCCGGCGUUAAAAACAACUUGGGACACACAGCGCUGGACAUAGCCAAUAAAAAGAAGUUCCUGAAGAUCGUCACCAUGCUUAAGAAGGCUGGCUGACCGCACCAAGAGACGAGGAGACGGAAAGGAAGUAAACGGACCCAGUGAACUGACAGACGCAAAUAUGUAAAUAUCAACAACAUGCGAGUCAACAACGCGCUUCUAUGUACCAUAACAUUCUGUAAUAACCGUUUUGUUUUUUCAUUUGUAUCACUACUUCACAACUUCCCAUAAAUGCAUGUUAUUGAGUCCCCUCUUAAAACCCCAUUGCUAUUUACAGUCAAGAAAAACCAACAGGCAAAUGUAUAUUCAUAUUUCAAUGUAAACAAAGGAAAACUUUUGUAGAUAUUCAUGAAAGAUUUUAACGAGAUUACGAGAAUUCUAAAUUAAAACUGAAUCACAAUUGUAUCUCAAUGUAUUGGAGUGU